GCACUGUCAAAUUUGUUUACACCGUUUACACAGCGCGUUUUCGAUUGGAAAAAGAAUGUCCAACGCUUCAAGACUGGUUCAGUAUGUUGUAGUUAAUGGUGAAAUCGCCAAGACAUGGCCUAAGGGAGCGGUGAUAGCACAAUGUUGUCAUGCGGUUAGUGCCAUAUCGCAUUUAUAUUCAUCUGAUGUGGACACGAUCGAAUAUUUCCAAGAUUUGGACAACAUGCACAAAGUGGUGCUUGAGGCUGCGGAUGCAUCUAAGUUGCACAGUUUGAGUGAGGUGUUGCAGCAGAACGAAAUCAAGCAUAAACUGUGGAUAGAACAACCGGAAAAUCUUGCCACCUGUAUUGCCCUGAAACCCUAUAAGAAAGAAGACGUUCAGAAGUAUGUAAAGAAGUUUAAACUUCUUAGCUAGGAAUGUAUGUGUAUUUUGCAAUUUCUCCGUUAACUGAUUGUUGAGGAAAGAGGAAAAAAGUUGCCGAAAUCUCCCAAAAAGA